AUGGCUACCCAAACAGUCAUCGAGAUCCCCAAAACAACAUCUGGUCCUGCCGAUCCCCGCGCGCCCAGCAUCCUCACAACCCUACCGCCUGAGAUUCGCAACCGCAUCUACGAGUACUUAUUCAAAAGAGACGGACCUAUCGUUCUAGACGAGGGUCAGGCGCACGUGGAACUUUGGGCCAGGGGUCAUGGCAUUCACUAUACGCACGGUGGCGUCGAGCAGCAAGUACGGGAUGAAGAUUUGUGUGAUGUCUUCACAGGUUGCACCGACCUUCUACUAUCAUGCCGGCAAGUCUACCAUGAAGCCGUCGGUGUCCUCUACGGCGAGAACACUUUCUUCUUCUCUCAGUUCCUCGAACGUCAGAUGCACUUUACCUGCACAUGGCUGUCAAGAAUCGGAACACACUAUCAGCUCCUAUCUCGCGUAACCAUGGACGCAGAUGCAUCAUAUCGACGAUACAAUCUGUUACCGCUGUUGAAGUUCAUUUGGAACAAUCCUCAGGCCAAAUGUGAAUUUGCCUUCGUUGUUUCCAGAAAUUCGGGGUUCAAAGAACAAAACAACGGCGCUGACCCGCACGAUUCGAUCACUGCCGCGGAUAUUAUGAACACGAUUCUCUUCGAAUUAGGCACCGCAGACGUUCUCAACCUCAGGCAGUAUGCCAGAUACUCUGGCCUGAUCUCAUCAGUAAUAGUCCGGUACCAUGACCACGCUCAAUGUGGAUAUGUCGAAUACAACGAUUCUUGUAUUCCACGUUCCUUCCCGCAUCCGAACAGAGGCUUCGAUAUAUUACACCAUGGUUCCAAGGUUCAGUGGAAAGAACCUGAACAGCUGAGCCUUCUGUCCAUGCCUGAUAAAUGUCUGUUGGCCAUCAAUACGUACGCAGGCACAUCCGAUACAAACGUUGUAUUCGACCUGGACACCAACGAAGCCUUGGGCUACCGCAUAGGUCUCAGCGGAGUCAAUAACUCGCUGCGGGCCGACAUUGACCAGAUGCAUACGCGAGUGUAUGACGAGCUUGUUAUCCAGAUGUCUACUCAGGAAGCUACGACCAACUUCAAUGACUUCGAGGCACUACAAAAGUUGUUACACGUUAACAAUUUUGAGGCCCUGGUCAAUCCACUUGUGCGCAGAGAGGAGCAUUGUUCCAUCAACAUGAUUCUGAUGUUCAAGCUCUCUACACCAGAGCCCAUCGCGGACCUUCGUAUAAACAUCAACAAGCUUCUGCAUACGUUCAAACGCGACCAUGGAGGUCUUAUCAUUACUGUUCAGAAAUCCGAUAGCAGUGUGAAUGGCACACAGUCCAUUAUGUGGCAUCAUGUCCAGAAAGCAGUAUUCCUCUUAGUAUCAGAUAUAUUGGUGCAGUGUCCUUCGAAAGCUAAUCGACCCCUUCCACAAAUCUGGAUCAAUGGUCACGGUACUGUUCUGCGCGCUACAUAUCCCGCCACGGCCUCCUCCGAGGAGACAAUCAUUCCCUGUUCGUAUGGCAUCGACGAUCCGGCUGACAUCCUCGACCAAUACCGUCGCAAGACUGAGUAUCUUGAUCAAAGUGGAAUAUGGGGGAAUCUUGCAUCCUCUUACGAUAUUUAUUCUUAUAUGAAUAACGAUAGCCUGGCAAGUAUGUGGUACUGCUUACGGUACUUUCUUGGGAGGGGUUAG